AACGCCAUUUCUCGCCUGAAAUCGCCUGAUACGACUGUUACGGCAGCGACAAAUGGGGAAAAACUGACGGAAGAUGCACUUUUUGACGCCGGCGCACAUUUUACUAAUCUCGGUCGGUUUAUCGGUGAGCCAAAAGAACGACCCGGAUGCGGAGCGGUGCCGAGGCCAGGGGCUGGUGUGCCACGAGUCGGCCGUGUGUGUGCGGGACCAGGUCUACCCGGCCGGGCUGGAGCAGUCCUACUACUGCCGCUGUCUGCCGGACUGGGACGGCGACGGCAUCAACAACUGUGUAGCACCUCCGAUAUUCCUGAAAGUUGCUCACCCAAGCAGAUGUAACGAGACGGGGGCCCAGUCGUGUUUCAUGACCAAACUGCCCGGCCAGGAGGUGCAGUUCCAAGUCAAAUCGCCAGGGGCCCCAAACGUCACCGUUCAAUGGUUCAAGUAUUUCGUGGGAGAGCCUCCAAAUUUCAAUAGUUAUAGAAAGCUGCUGAAACCUCCAGAAAAAGAAGAACCAGAAGACCGCCCCAUCCCAGAAGGCGGAACUCUCACCAUUCCUCACAUAGAAGAGGACGACUUUUAUCAGAAUCUGUACUGGGCAGAGAUACUGACGGAUGGGGACAGUACCGUGGGAACGAGAGCCGUGGUAGCCUUUGAUCUCGCCGAAGAAGAGCGACUGAAUCCCUCUCCUUCCCGGGUUUACUUUGGACUCGAGACAAAGCCAAUAGAAACUAAAGGUCCCACCUUCUCCCUGAGCCACCUGAAUGAGAGAGAUUUCGGCGUGUACCGAGCGGAGAUGUUCGGGAGGAAGGACGGGGUGCCGGGCAUGGAGCUGGUAGCGACUAGACGCUUUAACGUGACGAGGGACGUCAGUAAAACCUGUGACGGCCCCCGGAGUGAGGGUCACUGCAAGUGCAACUCGGGUUUCCUUGGUAACGGCGAGCACUGCGCGGACAUUGACGAGUGCUCGGCGGAGAUUGCCGAGUGCCUGCCCGAAGCGUCGUGCCGAAACACGGAGGGUUCAUACAGGUGCGAGUGUCCCACAGGCUAUAGGGGCGACGGGCGGACAAGCUGCGAAGAUGUUGAUGAGUGCGCGGAUGAAGAUGACGUCACCCGUUGCCAUGCCGACGCGGAAUGCGUCAACACGCUGGGGUCGUUCCUGUGCGAGUGCAAACCCGGGUACAUGGGCAACGGCAGGGACUGUCUGGCCAUCAGCACAUGGACGCCGUGGUCUCCCUGGUCCCAGUGUACAGAAACGUGCGGCCAUCCCCCCAACACACGGGUCCGAGUCUGCACACAUCCAGAGAGCGGCAUGAGGUGUGAGGGGGCAUCACUGGAGCAGGGGGUCUGUAGGGGGCUGCCUCCGUGUCCAGUUGAUGGCGGAUGGACGGUGUGGUCGCCCUGGGCGCCCUGUACGGCGUCGUGCGGGGGUACCAGGCAGCGGGCCCGCACGUGUGACGCCCCCGCUCCGGCGCACGGAGGCCGCUACUGCCCGGGGGACAUGUACGAGAGCCAGCCUUGCGAGCCCAGCCCGGGAUGUGCAGUUGAUGGCGGCUGGACCCAGUGGGGUGCUUGGUCUGCCUGUUCGGUGACGUGUUCGGUGGGGAGGAGAGUCCGGACCCGGUCCUGCUCCAACCCCAGACCCCGGUACGCCGGGAGGUACUGUACAGGCCCAAACACUGAGCAGGAGAGAUGCGGAGAACACAAUCCGGAGUGUUACGGUAAGGAGUCUCUCAAUGCUGUAGAUGCUGUGUGGGGAGAGUGGAGUGAGUGGAGUGAGUGUAGCCACACCUGCGGCCUGGGCACCAGGUUUCGCAGGAGACUCUGCAGACGACAUCUCGGCCCCACCUGUUCUGGGGAGAACACCGAGCAGCAGCCCUGUAUGGUGGAGGCAUGCCCAGCUGAAGUUGAAAAGUUUGGACAACAUAUGGGCCGUCAACACAGAUGGAGGGAACAGACACAAGCAAGGAGACAUCCCUAAUUUUAGAUAAUAAUAAUUUUUUAGCAUAAUAUUUAUUUUAUGUAUGACAACUGUGCGCACAUUUUAUCUCACCCUUUUCCCGGAAAAGGAAAUGAUUUUGGAAAUGAACAGUUUUAUGCAACAUUUUCCAGACAAUCAAGCAGUCACUGUAACAUGUUGUAAUGAAAUUAUUA